GUGGAUAUGUUUACAGAACUUGCAUAUAAUGCCUCUAAGCGAAUAAAUUAAAUAUAGAUGGAUUUACAGACAAGGGAAAAACUGAAAUAAUAGAGCAAAUCGACAGGACUUAUAGAUGCAGAGAUAAAUUCAACUUUGAAAUAUUUAGGUUAGUAUCAGAUCUAAAUAUAGAUAAUGAAUUGGAUUAAUUGGAUCAAGAAAUUAAAGGAUACACAGCUAAUUAGAAUUGCAAUUUGUUAGCAAAGGAAAUUUAGAAAAGGAGAAACUUAUAUAAUGAAUUAGCUUAAAAAAGAUAAGAGAUAAAAAAACGAAUUGAAUUAAAUCACAUGGCCCAUUUAUAACAAUAGUUGAUUCAAAAUAAAUGUAUAUUUUUAAGUUGAAAUUUAGAAAAGAAAAAUAAUUAUGAAAACUUUGGAUAAAUUGAUGCUCUCAAGAUGCAUGGAGAAAUUACUGAAAGAUAGGAUGAUUAUUUAUCAAGAAUUAAUGAUAAAGUCCUUAAUAUCAAAUAUUCCUCAUAAAAUUUAAGUAAGCAAAUUAAGGAAUAAAAUGGAAUGAUAGAUUAAUUACACGAAGACGUAUUUUUUUAUUUAAAAUUAGACUGAUUCUGCUAAUUAAGCAAUGAAUAGAUUGAAAAAUAAAAUGAAUUAUUAUUUAGAUUAAUCCAGUUCAUGGAAACUAUUAAUAAUAUUAUUUUUUGAAAUAUUUGUGUUUAUAUUUGUAGUAGUUAUCUGA